AUUGUUGUUCAAUGUUAACCCCCGCCUCCACCACCACCACUAAUCACACACCACUACCAUAAUCACUCUCUUUUCUCUUUUCUCUUUCUCUUUCCCCUCUUCUCCUCUCACUCUCUUCCUCUCUUUCUAUCUAUAUCUGCCUAUCUAUCUACGUGUCUAUCUGCCUAUCUAUCUAUCUUUUUUUUUCCCUAGCUUUAUAUCUCUCCGUAUAUCUUUUACUCAACAUUGACGCGUAUUUCACUCAGCCUCAGAACAACGGUCCAGCGAUUUUGAUUGACAAUAUCUUUAGGCACAAUGGAAAUAAUAACUGCUACACACCUUUCGAUCAUACCUCUCCACGAUCAAAUUUAACCUGGGGUUACGCAAUUCAUUAGUACUUUGUUUUGUCAACACCGGGAGGAUAAAAGGAAGAAAAAAGAAGUCGUUGCGGUUGUAUUUGAACUCGUAACAUUAUGAGUCGCACUUUGUCCGACACAUUCACGAUUCGCCCGACUAACAGCAGCAGCAAUAGAAUGUGUCUAUUGGAAGCGGACGACAAUCAAAGCACCAGUAACGACACAUCGAACGUAACUUGCCGCCAUCUUGUAUUAUAUUUCAACAGCUAUGACGUAGGUCCGUGAACAUCGUUGGGCUCAAAUGCUUUUAUGCAAGCAUGAAACCGUGAUACAGAAAUAAAUCCAGACCCUUCGAUUAAAGAAAGAAUGCUAGACAGAGAAUUGUCGAAUUGUACCAAUGUUUUGGGAGACCAUCCACCAAUUGUUCAAAUGGAGUCUUCGAAAGAUGUAAAUUCAAUUUUAUAUAGAAAUUCAUCGCUUACUCAAAGCCGACUUGAUAAUCUUUAUAGGAAACCAAAUGCGAAAAAACCAUCCCUUUCUCAAAGAGUCAGAUCCCAGUGUUAUUGUUCCAAAAGAAGACUAUGGAAAGUGUUGAGUACUUACCUACCAGUUAUCAGAGUAAUACGAUAUUACAAAUUAAAAAGCUAUCUUUUAAUAGAUUUCUUAGCCGGAUUAACCGUUGGUGUCAUGCAUAUUCCUCAAGCAUUGGGUUUCGGAAAACUAACUUCAGUGAAAAUAGUAAAUGGACUUUAUACAUCAUUUUGGCCAGUGGCUUUAUACACGAUUUUUGGCACGUCUCCGCAUGUAUCCAUUGGAACAAGUGCUGUCAUUUGUAUCUUGACAGCAGGUAUCGUUGACGAACAGGCUCUCAUUUUUGCUAAGGAUCACUUCAACAGUUCCUUUUUCCACAACAGUUCCGCUGCCGAUUGGGAGUCGAUACCAGAGUAUAUGGACUUUAAAGAAGGAGUCGCCAUGACAACUUCUCUUCUCGCCGGAUUAAUCCUCCUUUUAAUGGGAGUGUGUCGUUUAGGUUUUAUCACUGCUUAUUUAUCGGAAUCAUUUUUCAGUGCUUUUACAUCAGCAGCUGCAGUACACAUCGCCACCAGUCAGAUUUCUUCCAUGCUUGGUCUAUCAAUAAAAAAAUACAGUGGACUUUUCAAAAUAAUUUACACCUAUCGCGACAUAUUCCUAAACAUCACAAAGACUAAUAUCGCAGAGCUCAUCAUGUCAAUCAUAUGUAUCAUCAUUCUGUUACUCGUAAAAUCUUGCAUUAAUGACCGAUUCAAGCAUAAACUAAAAUCUCCAAUACCGAUUGAGUUGAUUGUUGUAAUACUGGGAACACUAGUCGCCUAUCUUGCUAACCUUGCUGAAAUUUACGACGUUAAAAUUGUUGGCCUGAUCUCAACAGAAAUACCCGUACCAAAAGUGCCGCCACUAAGCAAUGCCACAGAUAUUUUACUAGACAGUUUUAUCAUUGCUAUAUUGAUAUUCGCCAAUACAAUCGCUAUGGCAAAGAUAUGUGCCAAGAAACACAAUUACGAAAUAAACGACUCGCAAGAACUAAUUGCCUACGGCUUGUGUAAUUUUGUGAGUGCGUUUUUUCUCUGUUUCCCGUCGAGCGUCGCUCCUCCCCGUUCGAUGAUCGCAAGCACAAUGGGAGCAAAGACUACUCUACAUGCAGUAGUUACAGCAAUUCUCAUGUUUUUAUUACUGAGUGUUAUCAGUAGUUUGUUCAAAACUUUACCUGUAUCAAUACUGGCCGCUGUUAUAGUCAUUGCAUUAAAAGGCCUAUUUCUUCAAAUUGCUGAUUUAAAGAAAUUCUGGCAUAUCAAUAUCUUCGAUUUCACCAUCUGGUUGAUAACUUUUCUCAGUGUUGUUUUCUUAGACAUUGACUAUGGUCUUGGCAUCGGAAUAGUCAUAUCUCUCCUUACGGUAGUUCUGCAGAGUCAGCUUGGUCCAAGUUAUCGCAUUGCACGUCUCCCUAAAGAACAUUUAUUGGUUGAACACAAACUUUACCAUUCAGAAGAGAUUAGAGGUGUGAAAAUAUUCCGAUUUGAGGCUAACAUUUAUUUUGCUACAGCAGAAAUAUUCCGAAAUAGUCUCUAUCGAAAAACUCUCAAUCCUAGGAAACUUCUGAAACAACUUCAAAAACUAGAAAAACGACUCCAAGAGCAAAAUAAAAAGAGUUCAUCAACAAUGGACAUACUCAAACGUUCGACAAGUGUUGAUUCAGAAUCUGCCGACACAACGAUAAUAGGAGAUCAGACAUUUCCAUUUUCAGUGGAUAAAACGAUAGCUCUUGACGGAUCGUGUAAAACGCAAUACUCUUCUGUAUCUCACGUGACAAUGAAUCCAUCGAGUACCAAUGUUUCUAAUGGGGAAGUCCCAAAUGGAAGAAAACAUUCUAUUACACAGAGUUCGGAUUCCGGUAUAAUUUGGCAGGAGGAAGAAACAGAUCCGGAAGAUGGCGGUUGUUACAUACCAGAGGGAAACCUGAAUAUUAUGAAGUCAGUUCGUUUCAUCAUAUUAGAUUUAUCCAGUGUAAAUUACAUCGAUGCCACUGGAGCAAAUAUACUGAGCUACAUCUACAAGGAGUACGAACACGUGAAUGUAGAAGUUUUUCUUGCUGCGUGUCAUCCUCGUGUAUGCAAAAGUUUGCAACAGGCUGGCGUGUUUGACGUCUUUCCGCCGGAUAAUGUAUUUGUUACAGUGAAUUGUGCAAUAGCCCAAACGUAUAACAACUACAAAAUUAAGUCUUAUGAUCUUAAAAACUUCACCGACGAAGAAGCCGCGGAAGAUUCCUACGUAACGAAACUAUAGCGCUGAUAAAAUCUUUGCAAGUUAAUCUUAUAAAAAACGUUAUCAGGACUAACAACUAGAGCUCAAUUAUUUAGAAUUGACUAACACUGGAACUUUUGUAUAACUUGAAAGACAAAUGUAGAAGAAUAAAUAACUUAUAUUACAUAAAUUCUACAUAAUAUGAAGGGUUAACCGUAGGAUAUUUAAAUACAGUAGGCGCAGAUGUGGCUGCGUGGUGAGAAGUUGACUUCCUACCCAUAUGAUUCCGGUUUCAGUCCUACUGCGUGGCACCUUCGAUAAGUGCCGUCUACUAUAGCCCCGGGCCGACCUGAGCCUUGUAAAUGAAUAUGAUAGACGGAAACUGAAAAAAGGCCGUUAUAUAUGUGUGUAUAUAUAUAUAUAUAUAUAU